AUUCGCUACAUUUUCGCAUCACCCUACCAAUCACGCUACCGACAAUAUCAAGGCCUCGUGCCAAUAUCGAAAACAUCAACCAAUUAUCGUCGCUCACGAGAGUUUAGCGUCACACCAUCACGCCACUACCAAGCAUCCUUCCAAUACUUCAAGGGAACACGAUGCCGACCAACCAGGCCUUUGCCUCGCUUGUCACAAUGGUGACUUAUCUCUACCAUGUCCUCACCACGCCGUCGCUGUGGACUUCAAUCAUGAACGAAAUCUACACGUCCAUUAUCACUGCGGCAAUUUACCUCUACCAAAUCUACGCGUUCGUCAUUACGACUGCGACGAUUCACAUCUACCACAUCAUCAAGGACAUCAUCAAGGCGCCUCUCAAACUCGCACCUAUCGCAUACCUUCAACCUGCGUCGAUACUCAAGAACACGUCAGCCAUGACAGACGCCGUCAUCAAGUCAUCGUCGCCGCUCAGAUUGAUACUGAGUGCCAUCCACAUGGCAUGGAGAGACGCAAAGGAGGCGCAACAAGCAGCGCAAGAUGCCCGCCUGAAAGAGGAGAUCGCAUGGCGGGAUCUGACCGAGACAAUGGAGAAAUACGUGCACUGAGCAAUGAGAAUGAUACCUGGAGACAGUGUCCGAUACAUUACUAGUCGAGGUGUUGCGGGAAGAGGGAGAAUACGAAGGAUCAUUGGAGUUCCGGACGACCUUGGGUGUUUGGGCCUAUUCGAUUUUGGUCUCACCGAGUGGAAUCCGAGUGUAGGAUAUCUGUCCGCGAUGGAAGCGAAGUUAUGCAAUCGGGAAAUUGUAGCGUCGCUGGAGUUUGACAUGGUAUAUCGCUCUUCUCAUAGACAGCUUGGUCGGAUUCGGACCAGGGGCUGGAUCAAGGCCAAAACGGGAUAAUAGAGUAAUAAAUCUUACACGGCUGCAUAGAUCGGGGGUACCUCCGUACCGCAGUCGACAUGUUUCAGUGCUGCUCAUACAGUUCCAGCGCGCUCGAGGCGAGUAUUCCC